UCCCAUACUCUGAAAAUUUAAGCAAUGGCGUGGAAAACGACUCGCACCUACCCUACAAUCAAAACAAGACAUUGUUGAAUCCUAGUACGCAAAUAAGUUAGGUCCCUCAUAUGUACUCGGCAAGCCCUAAUUUAUUGUAUUGUUGAUCACCUCUCUUCUAUAAAUUGUUCUUAGAGAGAAAAAGAAACAAAUCACAGUAAUUCAGCAAUAAUGGCUUCUGAAUUUAGUAAAGCAGUAGUAGCAGAAGAAGAAGAACAUAGUUUGUUAUUAGUGACUGAAAAAAACCCAGAAAUUGAAGAAGAUGAAGAAGAGAAGGCAUAUGAAUCAUGUGAAAUGGUAGUAAUAGAAUCAUUAGAAAUCGAAGAUUAUUCAGUAACACCACCAUUUUCAUGGAAGAAACUGUGGUUAUUUACAGGACCUGGUUUUUUAAUGAGUAUUGGGUUUCUAGAUCCAGGGAAUUUAGAAGGAGAUCUACAAUCAGGAGCUAUUGCUGGGUAUUCGUUAUUAUGGUUACUAAUGUGGGCAACAAUGAUGGGGUUAUUAAUUCAGUUAUUAUCAGCUAGACUUGGUGUUGCUACUGGUAAACAUUUAGCUGAAUUAUGUAGAGAAGAAUAUCCUAAAUGGGUUAGUCUUUUGUUGUGGGUUAUGGCUGAAUUGGCUUUAAUUGGUGCUGAUAUUCAAGAAGUUAUUGGAAGUGCUAUUGCUAUUCAGAUUUUGAGUAAUGGUUACUUGCCUCUUUGGGUUGGUGUUCUCAUUACUGCAUCUGAUUGUUUUUUCUUUUUGUUUCUUGAGAACUAUGGAGUGAGGAAAUUGGAAGCUGUUUUUGCUGUCCUUAUUGGAACAAUGGCAAUUUCAUUUGCUUGGAUGUUUGGUGAAACCAAACCUAGUGGAAAGGAACUUCUGAUUGGUGUUCUGGUUCCAAAACUUAGCUCUAAAACGAUAAAGCAAGCGGUUGGUGUUGUGGGUUGUGUUAUUAUGCCUCAUAAUGUCUUCCUGCAUUCAGCACUUGUGCAGUCAAGGAAAAUAGACAUUGAAAAGAAAGGCCGGGUUCAAGAAGCCCUGAACUAUUAUUCAAUUGAGGCAACUGUUGCUCUCAUCAUUUCCUUCAUGAUCAAUUUGUUUGUGACAACUGUGUUUGCAAAAUCGUUCUACGAUACAGGUAACGCCAAACACAUUGGCCUUGUUAAUGCAGGGCAAUAUUUAGAAGAAAAGUAUGGAGGAGGACUUCUUCCAAUUCUCUACAUCUGGGGUAUUGGUUUAUUAGCAGCCGGGCAGAGUAGUACCCUUACUGGAACCUAUGCAGGGCAAUUCAUCAUGGGAGGCUUUCUCAAUCUUCGUUUAAAAAAAUGGUUGAGGGCAUUGAUCACGAGAAGCUGUGCCAUCAUCCCAACCGUAAUUGUUGCCCUUAUAUUCAACCGUUCUGAAAGUUCUUUGGACGUCUUGAAUGAAUGGCUUAACGUUCUUCAGUCCGUUCAAAUUCCAUUUGCACUUAUUCCACUUCUGUACUUGGUUUCGAAGGAGAAAAUCAUGGGUACCUUUAAAAUUGGCCCCAGUAUCAAGAUGGCAGCAUGGAUUGUGGCUGGUCUGGUGAUGGUGAUAAAUGCUUACCUUCUGUUGGAUUUUAUCCGUGUUGAAGUGACUGGAAUGUUGUUUGGUUCGUUGGUGUUUGUUGUUAUAGCAGCAUACGUGUCAUUCAUUAUCUAUCUGGUUUCAAGAGUUACUGCAUCGUAGAGAACUGGCCGAAGAGUUACUGCAUGGUAGAAAAUUGGCUGAAGAAAUUGGGUUUGCCUUCGGCCAUCAGUCUCAUUGUAAAUAGUGCUACAAAUUUUUGUGAAUGUUGAUUAGAAGAAUAUAGAGGUGUCUACAUAUAAUUUCUAAUUGGUAUUAUAUAAUAAAAUGUAAUUUGAUCACCUGGGGGUGAAGGUAACUGAACGGUGCUAGAUACGUUAAGAUGUAAUAUGGUGAACUGUGCAUUUAGGUGUGGUUCAGUAUCAUCAACCAGAUAGGAGUUUAACUGUCACUAGCAUAGUAGUGAAGAUAACUGAACAUGCUUUAAGGUGUAAUCAGUCAGUAUUAUGUGAGUUUUAGUAUUUGGGUC